AUGCCGUACCUGCCCGAUAGGUUCGGGGAGCUGCCGAGCCUGGAGAUCCUCAAAGUGCAAUCGACCGACACAUACACCAGCGAAGGCCAGGACAUUGAGCUGGACGGAUUCUGCUCCCUGCGUGGCUUUCCCUCCUCCUUCAGCCUGCUCAUACGCCUGGAACAGCUGAUCAUAGACGGGUGUGGGAUGCUGGGGGAGCUGCCGAGCGGCAUGGGCAAUCUGUGCAGACUGAAGGUCCUGAAAGUGGAGAAGUGCAAGCGGCUGAAGGUCUUUCCGUCCUUCUUGCCCUCUGCUGAGGAUGGUGCCGCAGGUGCCGGAUCGUCUGCUCCUGGUGCCACCUCUGCUGCUCCUGCUGCUGCUGCUGCUGCUGCUGCUGCUGCUGCUGCUGCUGCUGCUACUGCUGUUGCUGCUUCUGCCUCAUUUUCCACCACUUCAGCUGCUGCCACCUCAUUUGCUGCCACUUCAAUUGCUGCCACCUCAUCUGUUGCCACUUCAGCUGCUGCCACUUCGAUGACUGGAUCGAUUGAGCAGGCUGGGUUGGGGUGCCUGUCGGCUCUGGUGCACCUUCACAUUGUCAACACCAACCUCCCCUCACUUCCGGAAAACCUAGGCGAUUUGAAAGAGCUGGCAGUGCUGCUGCUAGAGAAGUGCCAUGCCAUGACAUCGCUUCCUGCCUCCAUGGCUACCCUUCCCAAACUGCAGCAGAUUGGUCUAUAG